UUUUUUUUUUAUCUUUCCUGUCUUUAGCAUUUGAAAACUCUCUUUUACUUUACUUUCUUUACUCUUUUUUUUUCUUCUCAAUUCACAUUUGUUACAGUUUUUCAUUUCUCAUCUAAAUAGAACAUAUCAUGGACAUUCUUGAGCUAAUUCAUAUUGAAACACAGCAGAAUCAAACCAAACCACAUAAAUGCACAAUGUCCAAUUGCUCAAAAGCAUUCGGACGUCGCUCUGAUCUUGCCAGACAUCUUCGUAUUCAUACCAAUGAAAGACCUUAUGUUUGUCAAGAAAAUAAUUGUGGAAAAAGCUUCAUUCAGCGUUCUGCACUUAAGGUUCAUAUGAGAACUCACUCUGGUGAACGACCCCAUGUAUGCGAAUUUGAAAACUGCAACAAGAAUUUUAGCGACAGCUCUUCGUUAGCACGACAUAGACGUAUUCAUACAGGCAAAAGACCCUACAAAUGUCGUCAUGAGGGAUGCAACAAGAGUUUUGCUCGAAAGACCAUUCUGACAACUCAUCAAAAAACUGCACAUAGCUCAACCACUAAGCGUACUAUGCUUCAAUGGAGACCUCUUAAUGAAAUUCCAGAAUUAAUGAAGCAACAGAAAAAACAGCAGCAACAACAACAAAGUCAUAUUAACACAUCACUUCAUUUUACAUCUUCCAUGCCUUCUUCACCUAUACCCUCAGCCAGUUCUCAUUCACCAUUGAUUACUGAUCGAAAACCAUCCAUUACAACAGACGAAGACGAUGCCUCUUCUUCAUUUACAUAUUCAUCAUCUGUUGCUUCUCAAUCACCCCCUAUCGAACAGGAAGAAAUUUCUGGAAGCUACUUUUACUAUCAACAUGAUCCACAGCACCAUCAAGCAAAUACAUUACCUCGCUUUUAUAAUAUGGAAUACACACUAAAGAGCAUGCCACAGCCACAGUUGCCUUCGUUUUAUUAUUCAAUCUAAAAUUCCCUUUUCUAAUAAUGCGUUGAUAACUACACUCGUUUUAAACUAACUCAAUUUCUUUAUCUUAUGCCUCACUGAACAUCCCCCACCCUCUCUUUUUUUUUAAAUCUUUUAUGCACUAUUCUUAUGAAAUUUGAUACUAUGGUGAAGCAGAUCUCCCCUAUACAUUUACAUAUGUAUUCAAAAAGCAUAUUUUGGUUAAUGUUUGAAAAUAGAAGUAUCUUUUUUUUUUGUAUAUAGCACAAUUAUAAAAAUAAACAAGAUCAUAAUCAUUUGACAUAACUUAA